AUGACGUCCUGCCACGACAACCCUCCCCUCCCCGGUUCCCCUCGAACCACCAAAAGCAAAGUCCUCGAGACAGGCGCUGCUGCAGUGCAGAACUUCACUCCUGUCAAGCAGAUCUGCGCCCAUUUGAAUGCGUUCCAUGUCUACGCUGAUGAUCCGACGAGAUGUGUGGAGGCGAAUCAUUAUUGUUCGCAUAUUACUGAGGAUAUAAGACAAUGUCUCCUCUACGACUCCCCCAACGCCAACGCGCGCCUCAUCGGCCUCGAAUACAUGAUCUCCCCGCGCCUCUUCCGCACGCUCCCCGAAGAAGAAAAACACCUCUGGCACACGCACGAAUUCGAAGUCAAGAGCGGCAUGCUCGUCAUGCCCGCGCCCGCAAUGAUGCCCGACAUCGCGUGGGAUACCGCCGAGACGUCCGAGAUGUACGACGUGGCGCCGCUGUACGGCAAGACGUACCACUUCUGGCAGGUGGAUCGCGGCGAUGCGCUGCCGUUGGGUCCGCCGGUGCUGAUGGGGAGCUUUGUCUCGGAGGAGACUGUGAAGCUUGCGGAGAAGGGCGGGUUGAGUGAGUUGUGUAAGGAUCGGGAUGAGCGGUUUGGGAUUGAUACGAAGAAGAAGGCGGAGUUGAGGAAGGAUAUUCCUGAUGUGGAUAUGGAUCCUGGUAUGCCUCUUACUUUUUAUUUUCCUUAUAAGAGUUGUAUGAAUGCUAACAGUUAUGUAGCUGCAGAUGCUGGCAAGCCUAAGUAG